CUGGAGCUGCAGUGCAGGCUGGGUCAGCCUGACCCUCCCAGUCGAGGCCGCUCCUCCUCUCCAGCUGGGUGUUGGGUGUGUAGUGUGGGAUGGGGAUUGGGCUGGACUGCACCUCUCCUUUGACCCAGCUGGGCUGGCUGGCACCACAACCGAGUUGGAGUGGGAUCCGGACUCCAAAGCCACCCCCUCCAGGGUCCGGGUCUGGAAGACUAGGGGGAGAUCCCCCGGGUCUCGAACAAGAGCCGGCACUCACCCCUCACCGCCAACCCCGCCUGGGCGCCGGUCCUGUGCCCUCCGGCAGCGCAGCCUGCCCCACCGCUAGAGGGCUUUUGCGUACCGCUGCCGCCCAGCGCCCAGACCAAGAGCAGUCCCGGGGCAGCGGGGCCCUGAGGGGCUUCAGCCCUCCGAGCCCCAGAGCCUCGAGGUGGAGAGAGCGACGGUCGAGCACCCUCCUGAGAGCUGUCAGUCGGGUCGGGCACCCCAGAUUUGUCACUGGAGAAGGGUCCAUGUCCCCAGGGGACAUCGCCUAGCACCUCUCGCUCUCAGGCCGUGGACUCAAGAGCCCAGGCUGACCCGUGCGCAAAUGGCCCCGAAUUCCGGCCUCUGGCCAGCGGCAGCCUAGCACCCCAAACCCUCCCUGUGCACGGAACGGGUCCAGCAGCCCUGCUCAGCCCUCCCGGGCAGCGGUGAAACGAACCCCAGCUCCUCCAAGCACCCCGACUAGACCCGAGGACCCGCGCUCUGCGCGCAGAGCCAGGCGCUGGGCUGCGCUGCCGCUCAGCUCGCAGAGCCCUGGGACAGACGGGCACUGCUGGGAAAGCCAGGCUCACACGUCCCACCUCCUGGAUGCAGAGUCGGUGGGAAAAGGCAGGGAGGGUUUGCUUCCAGAAACGCGAGAGAGAGCCAAGGGGACAGCUGCUGUGAAGGAUUCUAAGGAGACUCGGACUGGCUCCGCUCCCUGCUCUCGGAGACGGCAGAAGACCUCAGAGCAGAGGAACGCUGCUCCUUGGCCCACAAACACCCACAACCUGGAUGGAAUGAAAGAUGAGGCCUGAUGACAUUAACCCGAGGACUGGGCUGGUGGUGGCCCUGGUCAGUGUCUUUCUGGUCUUUGGCUUCAUGUUCACAGUCUCUGGGAUGAAAGGGGAGACGCUGGGAAACAUUCCCCUCCUGGCCAUCGGACCAGCCAUCUGCCUACCAGGCAUUGCGGCCAUUGCCCUGGCCAGGAAAACCGAGGGAUGCACCAAGUGGCCCGAAAAUGAGCUGCUGUGGGUCCGCAAGUUGCCCUGUUUCAGAAAAUCCAAGGACAAGGAGGUAGUGGAAUUGCUGAGGACCCCUUCGGACCUGGAGUCAGGCAAGGGAAGCUCAGAUGAGCUGACUAAGAAGGCGGCCCUGAGCGGGAAGCCUCCCAUCCAGGGACAGGCGGAGGUGCCCAUGGCCAGCUCCAUCACCACCCCCACCCCCACAGAAGAAGGAGAAUACCAGAGCCUGGUCCAGAGCAGGCCUCAGGAGACAUCCAGAUACCUGGACGGCUACUGUCCCUCCGGCAGUUCCCUCACCUACAGUGCCUUGGACGUCAAGUGCUCUGCCUGGGAUAGGUCCAAGUUCCCUGAGCCCGAGGACAGCAUCUUCUUUGUGCCCCAGGACAGUAUCAUCGUUUGCUCCUACAAGCAGAACAGUCCCUAUGACAGAUACUGUUGUUACAUCAAUCAGAGUCAAGGCAGGUGGGACCACGAGACAAUAGUCUAAGCUUUGCAUACAAGAGUUGCUGUGUUGAUAGAAACAUGACUACAGUCAGCUCCAAAUGGAAGGGAACAGCCCUGCUCCAACAGCCUUCAGUGUUAGAAAUUGACCUGGUAUGUGACGGGUGUGCAAACCUCUGGUUCCUGAGAGCCAUGUAAAUAGGCAUGUUGGGGGACACAUUUUAGGGAGGAUGAUGAGGGUUAAGGAUACUAGAAGAGGCAGUGGGUAAGAGCAGAAACAAUUCUUAUCACUUUUUAACAAUUUAAACCAUGUUGGAUGUUUUGCAAAAUAACCCAAAAAGUGCUGCCCAGCACCUGCUGAAAGCCAGAUAGAGAGUGGGCUGCAGAUACCAGGCAUGAAAUGAUACAUGGGUUAUCCAUAGGGAAACUUAGCUGCUGUAGGUCUGAAGAAAAUGAAAGAAAAACAAUUUAAUGCUCCAUUAUAUAAAACGAUUUUUAUCUGAUGAAAGCUUUUCACACUUAGUAUUUGCUGAAAGAAGAAAAAAAAAAAGAAUAGCUGCAUCCUUCCUUAGCUGGGAUGCUUUUUGGAAAAAGGGGAGUUGAAGACAGUUAAAUUAUGUAACUGAGUUUUAUAAUAUUAUCCUCUCACAAGAUCAGGCAUUUCAAUAAAGUAAAAUAAGUGUGACCA